AUGAAACGUUCAUUUUAUGCAUUCCGAAUAGAAGGAGAAACAAAAUUAUUAGGAGACAAUAUUGAAACAGGAAUUAAUGGAUUAAAGGAAUAUUAUAUAACACAGUUUAAAGGAUAUCCAUUUACUGAAUGGUUUUGGAUGAUUGAAUUUCAAGAUAAAUACUUUGGAUUUCAAACUAUUUUCACAAUGAAGAAAGCAUAUAGUUUGUCUAUUAGGAAGUAUGUUCAAAUAGAUAAUCAAAUACUUGAAAUCAUAGAUCUUACUGAAAACAAGAAAAUCUCCUUUAACCAAAUGGCAAAAAAGUAUAUCCAAUUUGUGAUUGAAAAUAAUAUCAGAUAUGAGAUUGAUAGAACUCCUAAACAAUCCAAGUUGGUGGAAAUUGAACAAACAAUCAAAGCAAAACAAAACAGUAUAAGGUCUAAGAAAUCUAUAAAGAGAGAAGAACAAAUUACUCAAAUUGAAGAAAAAGAAAAAAAAGUAGAUAAUAAAAGUGUUAUUACUGAACAAAGCAUUACCGAAAUAAAAACUAUCGAAUUAACACAAACAAAUGAUAAUCAAAGUGAAUUAGUAACAGAAACUCAUGAAGAAAAUACAUUAUCUACAUUAAUUGAAGAAAAUGGAAAAAAAGAUGAUAAUAUCAUUUCAAGUGAAAUUGAACGAAACACAGAAGAGAUUCAAUUUAAUGUAAUAAGUAGUAGUAUUGAAAAUAAUUCAAUAAUUACUCCACCUAAAAGAAAGAGUUUAUUAUCUGAAGUAGAAAAUCCAUUAUUAGUUCAAGAAAGGGAAAGAAAAAAGAGAAUAAAAUUAAUAGAACAGGAAGUUAGUAAAGAGGUAAAAAAGGUUGAAGAAGAAAAGGUUGUUUGUGAAAAGAAAAUGAAAAAGAAAGAAACAAAGAAAACGAAAACAAUAAAACCAAAAAAAUUAAUUAAUGAUAAAGAAGUAAAUGAAAAAAGAAAAAGAGUCAAGAAAAGUGAUGACAAAAUUAAAUGGAACAUUAACGAACAUGAAGUACAAAAAUUUAAAGAAGAAGUUAUUAAUAUUAUUAAAAAUAAUAAAUGCCUAACUGUUGUAUGUAAUGAAAGAGAAAAAGAAAUCAAAGAAGCAAUAUCUAAAUAUAUUAUGGAACCAGAACAUGUUGUUGUAUAUCAAAAUUUAAUGGAAACUAACCAAAAUGAAGAAAAUAAAAAACUAAGAAUUAUUUGUAAUCCAAGUGGAUUGAACAAUAUUGUAUAUAGACAAUUACAGAGAGGAAUUAAAUUUCAUGGUAGUGAUGAGUCAUUUCCACUAGGAACAAUAAUUAUUCUCAAUCAAAAACAAUUAAGUGCUAUCCGUAAUAUUAUUGGUAUUAAUAAUUUCAUUGGGAUUAAUGGAGAAACAUAUAUUAGUAAAGACAGUGAAUCAUUUUCAUUUCUUAUAGAAUUCGGAGAAAUUAAAAAUGAUGGGAAUAUUUGCUCAAGUGAUGACACCCUUGAUUUAUCUGACUCUUUCUUAUGA